AUCUGCGUGUAGUUCAGACUUUUUAUAUCUUAACUGCCUGUAAAGUCACUGACUACUACACGCAGAUCCCAUCCUGAACUUGCUGUUGUCCUGGCUUCAGAGGUGAGCCUCCCGCACCCGCCGUCCUCGGAGUGCCACCAACUCUCAGGGUUCUUUUCGGUCCCAGCACCACUGACUGAAAAUAAACACUGCAAAAGGAGAUUAAAUUGUGAGAUUGGAUUGUCAGAAAAUAAUCUCUUAGGUGUUUGUACAACCUGGGAUAAAAAUGACUUCCCCAAAAGACGUCCUGAGAAAAAAUCUGAAGAUGAUCCAUGGCUGUCCCAUGGUCUAUGCAUUUGCAAACAACUGGGAAAGGAUUGAACAGUUCCACAGCAGGCAAGAUGACAUCGUGAUAGCCACUUACCCAAAGUCAGGUACCACUUGGGCUAGUGAAAUUGUGGACAUGGUUGUAAAUAAUGGAGAUAUUGAAAAAUGUAAGCGGGAUUUUAUAACAGUUAAAGUUCCAAUGUUGGAAAUGGUUGUCCCUGGACUAAGAACUUCAGGAGUAGAACAAUUAGAGAAGAAUCCUUCCCCCCGGCUUGUGAAGACACAUCUACCAAUUGAUCUCCUUCCUAAGUCUUUCUGGGAGAACAACUGCAAGAUGAUUUAUCUGGCUCGAAAUGCCAAGGAUGUUGCAGUUUCAUAUUACCAUUUUGACUUAAUGAAUAAUUUACAACCUGUUCCUGGCCCCUGGGAAGAAUAUCUGGAGAAGUUCAUGACUGGAAAUGUGGCCUAUGGCUCCUGGUUUGAUCAUGUUAAGAGCUGGUGGAAGAAAAAGGAAGAACACCCAAUACUUUUCUUGUACUAUGAAGAUAUGAAAGAGAAUCCAAAGCAGGAAGUCAAGAAGAUUGGGAGAUUUCUAGAGAAGAAUUUGAAUGAUGAGGUCUUGGAUAAGAUUGUCCAUCACACCUCAUUUGAAGUGAUGAAAGACAACCCUCUGGUGAAUUAUACACAUAUACCAACUACAGUGAUGGAUCACAGCAAAUCCUCUUUUAUGCGUAAAGGGAUUGCAGGUGACUGGAAGAAUUACUUCACAGUAGCCCAAAAUGAGAAAUUUGAUGCCCUUUACAAGAAGGAAAUGUCUGGAUCUACACUUCAGUUCCGCACAGAGAUUUAAAGAGCCGACACUGCCAAUCUGAAGGAGGAAGAACUAGGCAGUAAUUUGUUAAAACGGGUAGUUAUGACUUUACUUGGGCAGUCAAGUGGAUUUAUAAAGGAGAAAAUGUGCUUUUAACAUGGAUGUUCUUUUACUGUCAUUAAUCAGGUCUCAGUUUCACCUCUGGCUCUGAGCUUCCAAAUUCCCUAAAAUUAGGGCCAAUUGUUGCUUUUGGUAGGAUAUUCCUGCCUUUUCCCAAACUAGUAUGGACAGCAAAGAAAGUACUUAUCCUACUCAAUCUCUAUAUGUUGUGGCUUAGAACUUAGUUCCCCUCCCUAUUAACAUGGUCCAAGAAGUGCUAUUUGCACACUGAUACUAUAUUUCCUAGCUCUGCCCCAAUUUCCCCUUGUUGAAAACUUGACCCAGGACACUGUGUUCCAUGGCUAUCUUCUGGGUUUCAAGUUGUUCCCUGGGUCAUAGAUCAUCUGCUCACAGUGCCACUAUUUGGAUAACACAGUUCAUGUCCCUAAUGAUGUGGUUCAGAUUUUAGAAUUGUUCCUAUACUUAAUUUCUAAGCAUCCAAAUUUUUAAUUGCUGAGGAUCCAACUUCUGGGUCUCCACAGGUGAAAGGUCUAUACUGGUCUCCCUGAGACCAUCCCAUGGGAACUGUAGCUCUGCUCUGAGAGCCUGAACUGAGGCAGCAACCUGCUUCCUGUGCAAAGUCCUCCCCAGUCUCAACAGUCUCUAUUGCAAUUCUAAGAAUUGCCUAUUGACAUAGUCUGGUCACCAUUCGGAAACUUCAGUUACCUCAUUUUGUAAUUUUUUUGGGUGGAAUUGACCAAACUGAUAUCAAAGGGAAACUCUGGUCUAAAUCUCCACUAUGCCCUCCUGACCCCAUAUCCCUUCUGUGUACCAUCUAAUACUUAUGCCCAUCAGCUUGGGCUCUUUGAUAAAAUGUUUCCUUGGGACAUUUGUUUCUCAACUCCAGCUUUGCCUUAGAUGUAGUUAUCUAUAUCUGCAUAUGCAGCAAGAUCUCUUGCCUGUAGAUAAUAUCAGCCUGUGACAAAUUGCAUGCCAGGCCCAAGCUCCCAAACUCACGUGUGGUGAGAAUGCCCUGGGCCUUACUUGUUCUGGAGAAGAGUGCUAACACAUGAUAGACCCCCUGAGCCAUGACUAAGAUCGCUACAAUAAUUUGGGUGACAGUGUUUUGCCUUCAUAGGCAAAUGGCUGCUGUCAGCCUCUCCAGCUGGAAUAGUGGCUCAAGCAUGUAACUUCUCUCUUCCCUAGCCUCAGCAGAAAGCUGAUCUAAUGCCAACUGCAAAUCUCCUGGGAGUGAUAUAUAGAUAUGAUUUUGGAAAUAGUUGUUUUGAUAGUUUUAUUAUAAUAUGUAUUAUAAAUUGUUUUUGUAUGUUUGUUAGAAAUUUGUUUAGUAGUAGAUAAUCUUGAAUACCUAGGGGUAUGGUGAACUAGUUCCAGUUUUCUAGAAUAUGCUUUAAUGACACAAAGUAAAGCCAAUCAGAGAUCUAUUUGAUUUGUUGCCUUUAUUAAUAAGUUAUUGUGAUACAUGCUUCCAAUUAUAUGGUCUAUUUUUGAAUAAAAAUGUGUCUUUCCGAACUAGUCUUUAAUCUGG